AUGGCGGACCUGCCUACCAUCAUCAGGACCGAGACGAGGGGGCCUAUGGGCGUCGGUAUAGCCGUGGGGUUUGUCUCUGCUUCUGUACUUUGUCUUGCAGGUCGAUUCUACACUCGUGGAGUGAUUCUAGGAUCCAUCGGCAAAGAUGACUGGAGCAUACUGGUGGCAACCUGGCUCUUGGUUGGUAUCCUCAGCUAUAACCUGGGUCUCAACGUUGUGAAGCUGGGCUUCCUCUUCCUGUAUCGACGAAUCUUCGAACAACCAAUAAUGCAGAAAGUGUGCUACUGGUUCAUCAUUUUCGUCUGCAUGUGGACGUGCGUACAGGCUAUUCUUCUGUCGCUCGCAUGCCUCCCGAUCUCGUUCAUUGUUCCCAGUAUGGUUGGGAAGUGCCUCGAUACACUGCCCAUCUGGUAUUUCUCCUCCGGCAUGAGUAUGGCGACCGACAUUAUGAUAUUCUGCAUUCCGAUUCCUUCGGUGUUGAAGCUUCAACUCCCUCUGAAGCAGAGAAUGCUGGUUCUUGCUGUUUUUUGCCUCGGCUUCUUUGUUUGCAUCAUCUCAAUUUACCGCAUAUUCACUCUUCGAGCCGGAGUCAUCAGUACCGAUGCAUCGUGGGAUAAUAUUAGCGUUGCAAUCUGGUCCUGCCUCGAGCUCAAUGUUGCCAUUAUCGCGUCUUCACUACCAACAUUGCGCCCCCUUAUCGCCCGUAUUCUUCCAGGCGCUGGCCUCUCAUCCGCGCGCAACUAUCGCAAUACAUACCAUCGGCACGGCUCGGCAUCGGCAGCCAUGGCGCAUAGUGGUUUCCAGUCCACCGAGAGUAGAAGCCAGAAAAUGCGCAGCACAAGCACAGAGGAGCUGGCGCUCGACGAUUUCAGAACCGAAAGUCCUGCUGCCAGUGUUCCCACAGGAAUCCAUUCCCACGUUUCUUCGGACACAAGCAAGAGCUUCAAUCGACAGGACAAUCCGGAGGAGCAUCGCAUCGUCAAGACAACAGAGAUAUCAGUGGAUGUCAGACACCACGGCUUGAGACUACGAACCAUGUCCGGCAACGGCAUCCUUUGA